CGGUUGCGGGGAGGGGAAAACCCGCGUGUCACAUGAGCGGGCGGUCACAUGACCGCGGUCGCGAGCGGCAUGGCGGUGCCCGGGGCGGCGGCGCUGGUGCUGCUGCUGCUGGGGGAGGCGGCGGCUGCCGCGGCCGCGGGGUGCGGGUACCAGUCGUGCCCCGCCACGCGGCCCGGGCUGCUCAACGUGCACCUCGUGGCCCACACGCACAACGACGUCGGCUGGCUGAAGACGGUGGAGCAGUACUUCUACGGAGCCCGCAACGAGCUGCAGCACGCGGGCGUGCAGUACAUCCUGGACUCGGUGGUGGCCCAGCUGGCCGCCGACCCCGCCAAGCGCUUCGUCUACGCCGAGGUGGCCUUCCUGGCCCGCUGGUGGCGGCAGCAGGAUGAGGCCACGCGCCGGCUCGUGCGCCGGCUCGUCGACCAGGGGCGCCUGGAGUUCGUGCUGGGCGGCUGGUGCAUGAACGACGAGGCGGCCGCGCACUACGUCCCCGUCAUCGAGCAGCUGGCGCUGGGCCGGCGCUUCCUGCGCGAGACCUUCGGGGGCUGCGGGAGGCCCCGCGUGGCCUGGCAGAUCGACCCCUUCGGCCACGCGCGCGAGCAGGCCGCCCUCUUCGCCCAGAUGGGCUACGACGGGCUCUUUGUGGGGCGCGUGGACCACCAGGACAAGGCGGCGCGGGAGCAGCUGCGCGAGAUGGAGCUGCUCUGGAGGGCCAGCGCGAGCCUGGAGCCGCCCGCCGCCGACCUCUUCACCGGCAUCCUCCCCGACGUCUACAACCCCCCGUCUGGUUUCUGCUGGGACCAGCUCUGCUCUGACCCCCCCGUGGUGGACGGGGACAGCGAGGAGAACAACGUGGGCACCGUCGUCGCCUCCUUCCUGCGGAUCGCAGCCAGCCAGGCCGAGCGCUACCGCACCAACCACAUCAUCAUGACGAUGGGCUCCGACUUCCAGUACGAGAACGCCAACCUCUGGUUCAAGAACAUGGACAAGCUGAUUGCCCACGUCAACGCCCAGCAAGCCAACGGCAGCCGCGUGCACGUCCUCUACUCCACGCCGUCCUGCUACCUCUGGGAGCUGCACCGCGCCAACCUGUCCUGGUCCCUGAAGACGGACGACUUCUUCCCCUACGCCGACGGUCCCCACCAGUUCUGGACGGGCUACUUCACCAGCCGGCCGGCCUUCAAGCGCUACGAGCGGCUCAGCAACAACUUCCUGCAGAUCUGCAGCCAGCUGGAGGCCCUGGCGGGGCCGGCGGCGCGGGAAGGGCCCUACGGGGCCGGCGACAGCUCCGUGCUCCGCGAGGCCGUGGCCGUGGCCCAGCACCACGACGCCGUGAGCGGGACGGAGAAGCAGCACGUGGCCAACGACUACGCCAAGCAGCUGGCCGCGGGGUGGGAGGCCUGCCAGGUCCUCGUCGCCAACGCCCUGGCCAGCAUCAGCGGCAGCAAGGAGAACUUCAUCUUCUGCAACGCCCUCAACGUCAGCGCGUGUCCCCUGACGGAGGCGGCCAGCCGCUUCAUCGUGAUCCUCUACAACCCCCUGGGCCGCCGCGUGUCCUGGCCCGUGCGGCUGCCGGUCAACGGGGCGUCCUACGCGGUGACGGACCCCCAGGGCCAGCCCGUGCCCAGCGAGGUCGUCCCCGUCUCCCCCUUCACCCGCCGGCUGCGGCGGGACCGAGGCAACGCCACGCGGGAGCUGCUCUUCCAGGCCUCGGCGCCCGCCGUGGGCUUCAGCACCUUCACGGUCUCCCGGCUGGGCCGCAGGGACCCCCGCGGGCACCCGGCCCGGCCCCCGGUGUCCCUGCAGCCCCAGGAGAUCCAGAACGAGCACGUCCGGGUGCUGUUCGACCCCCUCACCGGGCACCUCAAGGAGAUCCAGAACCUGGACAAGAGCAUCUCGCUGCCCGUCUUCCAGAGCUUCUACUGGUACAACGCGAGCGCCGGCAACGAGGAGAACCCCCAGGCCUCGGGCGCCUACAUCUUCCGGCCCAACCGCUCGGAGCCCUUCCCCGUCUCCGGCUCCAAGCGGGUCCCCACGUACCUGGUGAAGAACGCCCUGGUGCAGGAGGUCUACCAGAACUUCUCCUCGUGGUGCUCCCAGGUGGUGCGUCUCCGCGCGGGGCAGCCCUUCGUGGAGCUGGAGUGGACCGUGGGGCCCAUCCCCGUGGCGGACGGCUGGGGCAAGGAGGUCGUCAGCCGCUUUGAGACCACGCUGCAGACGGACGCCCGCUUCUACACCGACUCCAACGGGCGGCAGAUGCUGGAGCGCAGGCGCGACUACCGUCCCACGUGGAACCUGAGCCAGACGGAGCCGGUCGCGGGGAAUUACUACCCCGUGAACAGCCGCAUCUACAUCAAGGACAAGAAGUUCCAGCUCACGGUGCUGACGGACCGGUCGCAGGGCGGCAGCAGCAUCAUCGACGGCUCCCUGGAGCUCAUGGUCCAUCGGCGGCUCCUGUACGACGACGGUCGGGGCGUGGGGGAGCCGCUGCAGGAGCUGGGAGCCGACAACCAGGGGCUGGUGGUGCGCGGCCGCCACCUCGUCCUCCUCGACACCGCCGAGUCGGCGGCCGACCGGCACCGGCCGCUGGCCCAGCAGGAAUUCAUGGCGCCCUACGUGGUGCUGGCGCCCGGCGGGGGCCCGUCCUACCGCCCCGGCCAGCCCGGCCUCCAGCAGUUCUCGGCGCUGCGGCGGGAGCUGCCGCCCAACGUCCACCUCCUCACGCUGAUGCCCUGGGACCCCGGCACCGUCCUGCUGCGGCUCGAGCACCAGUUUGAGAAGGGCGAGAGCGCCAACGGCUCCCAGCCCGUCACCCUGGACCUCCUGAACCUCUUCUCGGCCUUCGCCGUCACCUCGCUGCAGGAGAUGAACCUGGCAGCCGACCAGCCGCGCGACGCCGUGAGCCGCCUGCUCUGGAACCCGGCCACAGGUCCGGCCCGGCCCCGGCCAGCCCCCAGGCUGGACCCCAGCGGCGUCACGCUGCAGCCCAUGGAGAUCAGGACGUUCCUGGCCACGGUGCGGCAGCGGGAGCCGGGAGCCGGCGCGGCGGGGCCGUGACGGGACCCUCGGCUCCACGGGGGCAGCCCCAGGCCCCCCCCACCGCGAGUGCGUUAAUAAACAGGAGACUCUGC